GCGGCGCCAUUAUAUUUCAAAGGUUACGAAUUGUUGAUUUCGAUGUACAUCGCAGGGUCCUAGCUAAAGAAGCUGAAAUAAUCUUCAAGUUUUAAUACCAAGAGCGACUGCAAGGUUUACAUAACACGUUUCUCUACGAAAUUAUCAACAGAAAAGAAAAACGAGAUUCAAAAGGCCAGAAAGAUUGAACUGUUGUGCAGGCCAAACCAGACCAACAAUUGAACGUCGAUGGCAAUUCCUUGGAAGCUCUACCUGACAUGCUGGUUUCUUGGUGCCUCCGUACAAAGCGCCACGUUUUUCAGUUACAACGCCGUUGAUUAUUUCAACUACUUUUUCCCUGACAACUACAAGCCCGAGGUGUACGUUGGUGUCACGGUCGGAGUUGCGGCGAGUGUUGGAGCGUUGCUGAUGGUCACCUUCCCACCCAAAUCGAGUCAUUUAACUGUACUACUCUUCACACUGACUGCCUCGGUAAUUUUGCUGGUCGCAGUGGUAGUCAUUACACCUCUUGACACCGGCAUCUUAUCCACACCAGCUCGGUUUGGUUUGGUGUUAGCCGUAAUCUUCGUUGCGACCGUCGUUCAAAAUGUCGGCGGUGGAGCCCUUUACAGCUUCGCUGGAAAGCAUUUUCCGAAGUUUGGAGUCCACGCAGCACAGUCUGGCGGUGUGUUCGCAUUUGCAGCGACUUUCAUCAUUCGCUGUAUCUCGAAGGGAUCCUUUCAAUAUGUCGAAGACAAGGAUAAUGGUUUUCGCCUCAGCGGCUAUUUGUUUGUAGCCUUAGUGGAUCUGACAAUUCUCGUAGCAUGUUGUUUGAUUUCCAUUCUGCGAGCCCACGUCCCCCAAUCAACGCACGCUAAACGUUUUAAUGUCACUGAUAGGGAAAGCUUAGAAGACGCCGAGGACAACGAGAACCAACCGUUACUGACAAGUGACGAAUUCGGCAACGUCUCUCGUAGGGAGAUCAUCAGGAAUAACUGGGCUGCACUCACAGCAAUCUCAGUGGCAUUGGCCAUCGCCUGUGCCUUGUUUCCGGGCAUUGCUUCGCAGUUUCACGGAAAUUACAACUGCACUUUCGUCACUAACCAUCUCUCCAACUCGUCUAAUAUUUUUAACACUUCCACUGUGGUUUCUUCGACUAGAGGCUCGCAGUCUAGCGACAAGACAGGCUGGUUCAUCGUCAUCGUCUUCGGCUGUUACUCGGUAGCAACUGCAGUUGGGAAAACCUUACCGAUCUUCGGGAUCCUCUACAACAAGAAAACGAUUCUCUGCAAUUGCCUAGUGCAGCUGGUUACAGCCGUUCCGAUUCUACUUAUCUACUUCGAGCCUUGUGCGGUUAGCGGACUGCAAGCUGAUUGGGUAGCCUAUCUUACUGUUGGUCUGUUCGGAUUUGUCACUGGCUACGGAAUAUGUGCCGCCCUGAUGCUUCUGGCCCCAGGGCAGCGGGGUAAGAGUCACGAGGAGGGCCUGGCGACUAGUAUCGGUUACAUGUUUCUACAGCUGGGACGCCUACUUGGGAUGGGUGUUUCGUUGUUUCUCGUGGACUUCGUGUUUGAAGCAAUUAAGCCCUAAAGGACAGCAAACCAGCUGAGAAUACAAGUUCAAUUACCUCUUAUAUUUAUUUAGCUGUGGGCUAACUGGUUUCAGUUGAAAAGUUUUAUUGUUUGUUCUUAAGAUCUGUUUGACAAUAGCCGAAUUUAUCGGUUCCAAACUGAUGAAUAAAUCAUUUGAUCUGUUUUAUGGUUUGUUUUAUCUGUCCAAGAAUAGGUUAAGAAUAGUUAUUAUAUUUAGAGGACUUUGUUACGGUGCGACUUCUCGAACCGGGCCACCGAUAAGAAAACUAAGCAAUCAGAACUCAAACUGAGAACAAUGGACUGGUAGCGUCUGGUAAAUAUAACGACAAACAACGAUCUGUUUGACGUGAAAAAAUAAACACUAUCAGCUCCUCUGCGUUGUAUACACUCUUAGGGCCUGAUUACGUGGCGAAUUUCAGCCCGGGCUGGAAUUUCAGCCUGGUUAGCCGGACUGAAAUUUCAGCCCGGCUUCUGAAACAAAUUCUCAUGAAAUCAAAUUAGCAAUUACAUGAAG